AUGAUGUACCAUGCUCAAAGUUUCGCAGAGAACGGCUUCAUGACUGAUGUUAUUGGCUAUGGAGGUUCAAAGCCUAUCCCCGCUCUCGAACGUCUACCCAGAGUGAGGAUUCAUUAUAUCCCUGAACUCCCGACAAUGUUUCGCUUUCUGCCAUUCAUACUUUUGGCGCCCAUCAAAAUAGCCCUUCAAAUUGUCAACAUCUUACUAUGGCUCCUCCUUUGGAUAGAAGUGCCCCCGGAAUUCAUCGUUGUACAGAAUCCCCCUGGCAUCCCGAUGUUGGCACUAGUGCACCUAGUGGGACGAAUUCGCGGCAGCAAAGUCAUCAUUGACUGGCAUAAUCUUGGAUACAGCAUUCUUGCCUUGAAAUUGGGAGAAGAUCACAUUUUGGUCCGCAUUGCAAAGUGGUUUGAAGCUACUUUUGGAUAUUCUGCUUAUGCCCACCUAUUUGUCACAAAAGCUAUGCGCGAUUUUCUAGUCAAAGAGUGGGAUAUUCAGGGUCAUAAAGCCGUUUUAUACGAUCGUCCACCACGACAUUUCCAUCGCUCUUCUGCUCAAGAAAUUCAUGAGCUUUUCUGCAAAUUGCAGCCAUCUCUGUUGGCCCAAAAAUCUCUCCGUGGCUUCUUACCAAAAGUCUCAAUGCCAUAUUCCACACCCUUAACGGACACUCCAGAACGGACAUCGUCAAGAGGCUCUGCGUCUCCCACAAGUUCAUCAUUUGCAGAAACUAGAAUGCCCACCCUUAGAGCAGACAGGCCAGCAGUGCUUGUCUCUAGUACCUCAUGGACUCCAGAUGAAGACUUCAGUAUAUUACUGGACGCGCUUCGUCUUUACGAGAGUCGGGCCCAGGAAUUGGGUUCUGUGGAUGCAGUAAAAGCUCCAAUGACUAAGGGCCGACUGCCAAAGUUGCUUGUCAUUGUGACUGGGAAAGGUCCUCUUCGAGAAAAAUAUAUGACGGAGAUUUCAAAAUUGCAAGAAUCGUGGAAAUGGGUCCGCUGCAUAAGCCUUUGGCUUGAAGCUGAAGAUUAUCCUGUUCUACUAGGAUCGGCAGACCUAGGGGUGUCUCUUCAUUCCAGCUCUUCCGCUCUUGAUCUACCAAUGAAGGUCGUAGACAUGUUUGGGUGUGGGCUUCCUGUCUGUGCUUUGGACUUCACUUGUCUCAAUGAAUUGGUGAAGAACGGCAAGAAUGGGCUCGUCUUCAACAAUUCUUCCCAACUAGCGAUACAGCUUGAGGAGCUCUUCCUUUCAUUUCCCGAUGCUCCUCGACUCGCCUUACUAACAUCCUCGUUCAACAAUCUGUCGCAUCGGCCAUCCACGCCAUCUAACCCUCAUAUGCCAAAGCAACACCGGAGCACUCCCGAGAAGGAGGAAACCUGGACUUGGAGCACAUGGGAAGAGAACUGGGGCAGAGUGGUGCGACCGCUAAUUCUGAGCGACGUCAACCUGUAA